UCCCCCAUGUCAGCUGCACUUGAAUCUCUUGUAUACUCCCUCGUCCCUGCCGCGCGACAGGAUGACAGGAUGAAACGCCAGCUUGUGGCCCACUGUGAAGAGAUAUUGAACAGCCAUAUAGGACAGAGCGUUGAGAAGGACAUAGGGCACUUGGCAGAUCUGAUCAAGCGUCAUCUUCUGCAGACAACUCCGGGCGGCUCGAGCACCCUCCGUUUCACCAACUUGCUGUCAAGAAUACUGGAACAGCCUGUGCUGAGCAGGAAACAUGCCUCCCUCCAAUUCCUAUACUCCCUUGCCUCCACACCGGCACCUACUCCCUUGUCAUCUACCUUUCUACCUUCACUAGCCCCACCUCCUCCAUCACGACUUACUUCAAAGGCAGCUACUCCUGUUGAACCACGUCCUUCACAGAAAGGGCCAAACGGGAAGUCCAAGGCUGAUUUGCUCCGAGAGUAUCGCAUAUCCAUAGGUCAACCACAUAUACCCGAACAUCUCAUCCUACGCGAUACUCUCUACCUUCUGCAAGGAAUAUCGGGGAAAUACGUCCGGUUUUCCGUGUCAAGGGACUCCGACCAGAACAAGGAGCUAGUAUUCGUGGAGGACCCCCGAUACUACAUACCUGCUCCCACUCGAGCACUGAUACAUCGACUGGCAGAAGUCGGCCACCUAUAUCAGCGCGUGGAUUCCUUUGUGCGCGAACGAGAAGGGAGGGUCGGGGUCGGCAUGAUCGAGCAGAGUCUCUGCCACCACCUGCAAACACAGCUUACCGAGUAUUACAGGCUCAUCGCCGUCCUGGAGUCGCAGAUGGCUACAGGGUCGCAUACAGAUGAUCUCGGUCGCGCGAACGGUGUUGAGGAUGAGCGCCCACGAGAAGAAGAGGCCGGUCUGACACUGAAGCGACUGGACGUGUGGAUAGAGGACUGGAGGCUGCGAAUGCGGAUGAUGAGCGUCUGUGUGGAGGGUGCCAAAGAUGCGCAUGGCGGAGCCUUGGUCAAUCUCAUUCACGGUUACGCAGAAAACGGUGACCCGUUCAUUCGCAAAUUCACGAACCAGUUACUCGAGGAGGUCUCAAAACCGUUCUUCGCUACACUACACAAGUGGCUGUUCUCCGGAGAGCUACACGACCCUUUCUCCGAAUUCUUCGUCGCGGUUGACCCGGAACUGGCUCACCUGCAAUACAUGCAACCCUCAUCGCAAGGGGUGGGACAGCUUGCGAGCGAUGGAGGCUUCGCUGGAGGUGAUGUGGAAGACGUUUCCGAGGAACGUGCGGGCGGCCUUCAGCUGUGGGAGCAAAAGUAUCAGUUCCAACAGGAUAUGCUUCCUGCUUUUGUUGGGGAGGCAUUUGGACGCAAGAUCUUCUCCACAGGAAAGAGUUUGAACUUCAUUCGGUACAGUUGUCACGAUAGCGACUGGGUCGCCACACGAGAGAAGCUCAGCAACACAGGUGGUAUUUUGCAGUACAGCGACAUCGUGGGCUUGGAGCGCUCGAUCGACACCGCGUACCAAAUUGCAAGCCAGCGCUUGUUCGACGUGUUCUUCGAGAAGUACCGAUUGCUAGACCACCUAUCUGCAUUGAAGCACUACCUCUUGUUGGGGUACGGUGACUUCGUGGAGCAGUUGAUGGAUACCCUCGGGCCCAGCUUGUCCCGUCCUGCGAACGCUCUGUACCGCCACAACCUCACUGCGACGCUCGAAUCCGCCCUCCGGUCGUCCAACGCACAAAACGACUCGCCAGACGUCCUUCGCCGGCUCGAUGCACGGAUGCUCGAAUAUUCUCACGGAGAGAUCGGCUGGGAUGUCUUCACGCUCGAAUACAAGAUCGACGCACCGAUCGACACGGUGCUCGACCCGACAGCGAUGGUCGAGUACCUCAAGCUGUUCAACCACCUAUGGAGGAUCAAGCGCGUAGAGAGUACGCUCAAUGCAGGCUGGAUGCGGAUCGCCGGCGGUGCAAAGACUUUCCUCCAGAUACCAGAGUUGGAGUACGACUGGCAUCAAGUCCGGCUCGUGAUGGCCGAGAUGAUCCACUUCAUCCGGCAACUCCAAGCAUACUGCCACCUCGAGGUCAUUGAGUGUUCCUGGCAGCAACUUCACAACUUCAUCCAGAAGAAGGAAGGGGACCUUGAUGCUCUCAUCGAGAACCACAGAGCGUACUUAGACCGUAUGGUUAAGAAAGUGCUCUUGCUCAGUCCGAAGGCUGGCAAAGAGGAGAACCUCCUCAACCAGGUCCGGGAUGUGUUCACGCUUAUCCUGCAAUUCCGCGAGGCUACGGACGAUCUAUACAACUACUGUCUAUCGGAGUCGGCAAGACGGGACGUUGAGAAGGAUGCCGCGAGGGGUGUAGUCACUCGGAUCGACGGGCGUUCGGAUGGCAGAUACACACAAGAAUCGCUCCCUGGUAUCCUUGCCCGUGUCAAAGACUACGGCAUGUCUUUUUCUGAACGCGUGCAGGUUAUCGUUCUUGCGCUUGCGACACAUUCCGACCUUGAUUGUCGUUUCUUGGGAAUCCGGCUUUCUUUCUCGGACUUCUAUAAGAUGAGGAAGGAACAACAGACGCGUGCUUGAUUACAUUGUAUAUGUACACUACUGCUAUGAACAGU